AUGCCAUCCCCAGAUGAUGUGAUUGGGAAGCAGCUUCCAUGUGAACUGCGUAUUAAGGAUCUUGAGUGUGGAAGACUUUUAGAUGGUGACUGUGCAGCAGAGCUUUCUCCACCAGAUGAGUUUGAUAUGGCCAGAUUUCAUCGUGGCAGAAUGUUCUUUAGAGACCAUUUGUUCAGUUGCAGCAUUGCCAUGUAUUUUUCCUUGGUCAUUGGCAUGAGUGUUCCAGAAUUUUUAGAAGCUCUUGUAUUCACACAACAAUCUGAUACUCCAGUAAAGGCAUUUAGGAGAUAUAUUAAAACAUUUCACCAUGUAGCCCUGUGGCAUUAUGGCAAUAUAUGGGAGAAAGACUCCAAAGCUCAGAAAUCUAUUUGUGAUGUCAGACAAAUUCAUAAAGUAAUUAGAGAACAAAUGCAGAAAAGAUUUGAAGGCCGAGAAGUCCGCAAGUUUAUCUCACAAUAUGAUAUGGGUGUUGUUCUAAGUGGUUUUAUGGGUGCUGUUAUAAUGUAUCCUGAAGAUGCGGGGAUCAGGUGCUCUCUGGAUGAACUUGAUGACUAUGUCUACUUCUGGUAUGGAGUGGGUCACUUGCUGGGGAUAGAGAAAAAGUAUAACAUCUGUGCCCAUGGACUAACUCAAGCACUAACAUUCUGUAAAAGCAUAGAACAAGACAUUGUGAAGAAAAACAUAACUAACCCUCCACCUGAAUUCCAACAUGUUACAGAAAAUGUAAUUAAAGCAUUUCAGGGAGGGAGGGGACCAAUGAGCCUUCUCACUUUCCCAGUCAUCUCAGCCUUAUCCUAUGAAUACAUUGUAGGUGAUUCAGGCAAGUUAAGUUUUCCAGAUACCGUAAGGUAUCUCAUUUGGAAAUUGAUUUUUUUUACAGUAAAACAUGUCUCUUGGUUUAGGAUAUACCUGAAUCAAAGAAUUGAACGUGCUUGUCGCUUAACAUUCAUCAAUGUAUGA